AAUCCAGGCUUGCUGACGUCACUUCCUAAUGACGGAUUCAUUCUGAGAUUCAGGAGGGACGAUAAUAUUAUUCUUACUGCAGACAUGAGGCUGAAUUUGGUAUUAGCUGUCACUCUGAUGUCCAUUCCCAUGGCACUUGUGCAAGGUGCUGAAAAGAAGAAACUACAGAUUGGAAUCAAGAAGAGAGUGGACAACUGUCCUAUAAAGUCGCGAAAGGGAGACGUGUUGAACAUGCACUACACUGGGAAACUGGAGGAUGGGACAGAAUUUGACAGCAGUAUACCGAGGAAUCAGCCUUUUACCUUCACUCUUGGCACGGGACAGGUCAUCAAGGGCUGGGAUCAGGGUUUGUUGGGAAUGUGUGAGGGUGAGAAGAGGAAGCUGGUUAUUCCCUCUGAGCUUGGUUAUGGCGACAGAGGAGCACCACCUAAAAUUCCAGGUGGUGCCACACUCAUCUUUGAAGUAGAACUGUUGAGCAUUGAGAGAAGAUCUGAUUUAUAGUGACAGAUUUGUGGACCUGUCAGUCUUAAGCAUUUAAAAUCAGUGUGUUUGCAGCAAGAUGAACGACUGCCGCUGCACGCUACACUGCUGUACUGGUGUCCACUGUACCCGCAUAACAACUUCAGGUGUUAAAGGGACAGUCCCCACCUGCAUAUGAAAACUCUCAUCAUUUAUUCACCCUUGUGUCAUUCCAAAACUGUUCCAUUGUAUGGACAAAAAAAUAGAAUGGAACUGAAGAUUUUGAAUAUUCUUCAAAAUAUCCUUCUUUGUAUUCUACAGAAAAAAUUAGAGUCAUAUGUUUGGAAUGACGUGAGUGUGAGAACAAGACAGAAUUUCCAUUUUUUGGUGGACUAUUCCUUUAAAGACCUUUUCCAGAUUACAGAAAUGACACUUUUCAGUUUUGUUUUGGAUGUUUCCCUUUCAAAAAAAAAGAAUAA